AUGUCCAACAAGCCGAUACAUUUCGAAAGUUUCUUCUAUAAAGCCAAAAUUUUCUUCAACUGCAUUGGGGUGAAUGCCUACGAUAAAGUCAGCAAUGAGCCACGAAGAGGAAAACUUGCACUGGUACGACGCCACUUGCAACGCAUUAUUUUCACCGUUACAAUCGUCAAUCUGAAUUUAACAUUGCUGAGCGUCUUGAUUCAAAUAUUUUUGGAUAUCGUAAAUAACAACAACUUUAUUGAAGCAACUAUGCUGGGUUCAAUAGGAAACGCGCUCAUUAUCAGCGAAUUGAAAAUCUUCAGCAUAUGGUGGCAACGUUCACGGAUUAGCUCGCUCAUGCAAGAGCUCUACGCGCUCUAUCCACAAACAUUGGGAGGCCAGAUGCUCUACCAAGUAAAAGCCGAACUGAAAAAUUGGAAUCGUUUAGGCAAUGCUUAUAUUAUGCUAAAUGUAUUGUUAGUCUGGAGCAAUACUCUCUGGCCGCUAAUUAGCUAUCUUAUUUUUGAAUAUUGGCUGGAGUUGCGGAAAGUAGGUAAAAUGCUUAGCUUUAACUGCUGGACACCGUUUGUCUGGUGCGAUAAUUGGCUUUACUAUCCGAUGUAUUUGUCACAACUCACCGUUGCGCACGCUUGUAUUUCGACACAGUUGGCCAAUGAUUUGCUCUUCAGUGCGGUGGCUGUGCAACUUAUCAUGCACUACCGCCAGCUGGCCAAACGGAUUGAGAGUUACGUAGUAGCUGAGAGCGGCGGAAAUGAAAUGAAAAAGCGGCGACUGAGCGACCUUGAGCGCAGUGAGAUCGAUUUGCGGUUUCUGCACGGCAUUAUAGCCUAUCAUCAGAAAAUUUUGACGUUUGUAUAA